UACAACAAACAUGUGAUUGUAUUUUACAUCUAAUCUAUAAUCUAAUUAUUGAUAACUUAUCGAUAAUUAGAAUGUUGGAAGUUUAUCACAGGUAUAUAUAAACCCCACAAUAAUAACUGCGUUAGUCCUCGAUCGAAUUUUUUUAGUGGUAAAACAAGAUCAGAUAUCAACUAAGCUAAAAGAAAAAUGCAAAGGCAAAAUCACUUUUCCAUUAUCAUAUUUUUGGUGAUGGCACUCUCCAUUCUUCAUUCAAGCAAGGCACUGAAAUGUUAUGCUUCGAGCUUCGAUGAAUUAACCAUGGAGAAGAUCGAGGAUCGAGAGAUGGAGAGGAUGGAGUGUCCACCGACUAAGCCUUUAUGUGUCAAAUUUUCAAGCAGUCAGUAUCUAAAAAGUGUAUGUUGAUAUACGUGGAUGCGCUAUUGAAAACUUCUGUGAAGCUGCGAAGGACGAGUUGCAGUUAACAGAAUGCUAUGAAUGCAAGACAGACCUGUGCAAUGCAUAAGAAUACGAUAUCAACUAUCACAAUACUAACCUCAGGAUUAGUUGUGCUGUUUUGGUCAAUUCAAUAAUUCUUAUAAUUUUCUUAUAGUUAUUUAAUCUUGUAAUUUGUAAUAUCACGGCCUUCUUAAAAAGCUCAACUCUAGAACACACCAUAUCGAUGGAACAAAAUUCUGCUUUUGUAACGUUUAAUCUUUAAGUGAGCAAUUUUGGUCAAUCAUAGCGAUCGAUGAUUUUGACUUCAAACUUUCCUUCCCUCCCCUGAACCUUUUUUCUCAUUAUGCCUUCACACAGUAAGCAAUCGAAAUUUUACAUAGGGGAUCUCUAUUAAAUCCUAUAAUGUUCUCUACAGUUAAUAUUACUAUUAAAAUGUUCAUUUCUGUUUGUAUAAUUAACAAGAUUUUUAUUCUACAAUAUUGUAAUCUGUAUUAAUUAUUGUAUUGUAUGUUACG